CUGCCACUUGUCAGCACGGCGUAGCUCGCCCGCUAGGGGUUACCUGUGGAAGUCCAACCUUGUUACUGAACAUUAUGCAAAAGUUGGCCAAGACCUUGUUUCCAAUGUACUCCGAACUCAUAUUCAAAGUCGCCUUACGCGGAGACACAUUGCUCACUUCUCCUCGUUGGAACAAGGGGACAGCCUUCACGAGCGAGGAGCGCAAAGCUUUGGGUCUAACAGGUAGACUUCCCUCCCGCGUCAAUACCAUCGAAGAACAGUGCGAGAGAGCCUAUGAUCAACUGUGCUCCCGUGAAUCUCCCAUCCAGAAGAACUCAUUCUUACAGAGCCUCAAAGAGCAAAACUGGGUUCUUUACUAUUCCCUGUUAUCUAGACAUCUCAAGGAGUUGACUUCUAUCAUAUACACGCCUACAGAAGCAGAAGCGAUUGCAAACUAUUCCCAUCUUUUUCGUCGCAGCGAGGGCUUAUUUCUCGCUUUCCCGGAUCAUGACACCAUGGAGGAAGAUUUCCUGGAGCAAACCCGUGGCAGAGACAUUGAUCUGAUAGUCUGCACAGAUGCAGAGGCCAUCCUUGGCAUUGGGGAUCAAGGCGUUGGAGGAAUCGGGAUAUCGAUUGCAAAAUCUGCGAUAUACACGUUAUUGGCUGGGAUUGACCCGGCGAAAGCGCUCAGUGUGACGCUUGAUGUUGGCACUGACAAUGAAACACUUUUGAAUGACCAUCUCUAUGUUGGAUGGCCGUCCAGAAGGGUCCGGGGUGUUGAGUACGAUAAAUUCAUCGACAAGUUUGUCCAGUUGGUCCGCAAAUAUCAGCCACAUUGCCUGCUGCAUUUCGAAGAUUUUGGGGUUACCAAUGCUCAGCGACUCCUUGAGCUGUACCGGAAUGAGCAUUCUGUGUUCAAUGACGAUAUCCAAGGAACUGGCGCGGUUACACUGGCCGCUUUGAUGGCCGCCGUCGGGGUGACAAAGUCGAAGCUGGCGGAUCAACGCUACGUCAUUUUUGGAGCAGGUUCUGCGGGGCUUGGUAUUGCAAAACAAGUCAGAGACGCCAUCAUGCUUGCAGACGGCGUGUCCCGUGAGGAAGCGAACAAGAAGUUCUACCUCGUUGAUCGCUUUGGUCUCAUCAAGCGGUCUCUUGGCUCUGAUAAGAUACGCCCUGCACUGCAAGAGUUUGUGCGGCCUGAUGAAGAAUGGAGCAAUGUUCCGACUAAUGAUGCGGGAGAGGUUGAACUUCUGGAAGUUGUCAAGAAAGCACAACCAACGGUUCUGAUAGGAUGUUCGACGAAAGGUGGUGCUUUCACUGAGCGCGUCGUGAGGACAAUGAAGGAAGGCUGCGAGAGACCUAUCAUUUUGCCCCUCAGCAACCCUAGCAACUUGGUGGAAGUUGAUCCGAAGGAUGCGAAUGACUGGACAGAAGGGAUGGCUCUGUUAGCCACGGGCAGCCCAUUCCCACCAGCUAAAAUGCCGAACGGCAAGGACUAUGUCAUCGCUGAGUGCAACAAUGCCCUCAUUUACCCUGGACUUGGAUUUGGUUCCAUGCUGUCGCAAUCCAGGCAGAUGACCGACGGGAUGAUUAUCGCAGGCGCACAACGUCUUGCUGCUCUCUCUCCUGCACUCAAAGACCCGAACAGCGGUCUGUUACCUGACUUUCAAGAUGCUCCAGCAGCGAAUCUUGAGGUUGCGAUAGCAGUAGCGGAACAAGCAUUCGAUGAAGGCAUCCAAGGAGUCAGCUGGAGCAGAGAAGAGGUGAGAAUCAAGGCAGAGGGCAAGCAGUGGAAGCCGGUGUAUGGCAAGUACGAGUAUGAUGAGCACGGUGCGAAGUAGUCUUGGUCCGUUUCGCAGCUUUGAGAACUUGAAGCAAGAUGUCUAAUUGAAAUUCGGCUGCAAAGAAGGACAGUCCCAGAUCCUUCGAUCUUGGAUACUUGCGCGGCCCAUCGCGGUGCUUUUAUGCACGGUCUUCUUCGAUAUAAAGCCAGAAGGUUGUAAUGC